UACAAUGGCAUCAACAUUUUCAAGCUCUGUGCAUUUCUUCUUCUUAUUGAUGUUGCUCCUUUCCUCAGGAAACAUAAUAUCAGAUUGUGCAAGAGUUUUCACCAUAAUUAACGAUUGCGACGAGACAAUUUGGCCCGCGAUCACCCCUGGUGAAAGCUUUGGGGGUGGAGGCUACCCUCUUCGCGCAAAAGAAUCACGGGUUCACACUGCACCCUCGGGAUGGUCAGGCCGAAUAUGGGGCAGAAGCAAAUGCAACUUUGAUACCAAUGGCAAUGGAACAUGUCUAACGGGCCGUUGUGGCACAUCCCUUCAAUGUACUGCCUCUGGCGAAACCCCAGCAACAUUAGCUGAAUUUACUCUCGCCAUGAUGGAAUUUUACGAUGUUAGCCUUGUUGACGGCUUUAAUUUACCAAUGUCUGUUCGACCCGUUAAUGGAAAAGGAAACUGUAGUGUUGCGGGUUGUGUAGGUGAUUUGCGAAAAUCUUGCCCUUCAGAACUUUCUGUUAAGGCUGGUGGUAAAGUUAUUGCUUGUCGAAGUGCUUGUGAUGUAUUCAACACCGACGAGUACUGCUGUCGAGGGAAUUAUGGAAAUCCUGCUACGUGCCGGCCAACUUCUUACUCGAAGAUAUUUAAAAAUGCUUGCCCGACUUCAUAUAGUUACGCGUAUGAUGACCCGACUAGCAUUAUGACUUGUUCUGGUGCUGAUUACAUUAUCACGUUUUGUGGAGCCAAGAACCGAACUCAAUGCUCGUAUCACAACAACAAGUUGACUUGUAGCGGAUCGACAACAAGCUUCUCAAAGAACUGGAUGUCGACUUUGAUGGUGGCCUUAAUGGUCAUUUCCUUAGUAUUGAUGUUGUAAAUAAUAAUUCGGGCUUGUUAACAUGGGCUUUACUUUUGUUACCCUUUUUCCAGUAAA